AUGGAUGAAGAAGAAAUGAAGCUGAUUAUGGCGGCGGGCUGCCUCUACGACCACAUCCGGUGGGGCGAGGCGUUCGUGGUGGUGUACAGCGUGGUGGACCGCGCCAGCUUCCGCGACGCGCGCGACCUGCUGGCCAAGCUGUCCCAGCUGAAGCUGCCCAGCUACUUCACGGCGCUGCUGCUGGGCAACAAGCGCGACCUCGACCACUCCAGGCAGAUCUGCGUGGACGACGGGCAGGAGCUGUCGCUGCAGUUCGGCUGCCAGUUCUACGAGGUGCUGGGGAACAUUUUCGGUAAGAACGCUGGAGGUGGUGCGGGCAAGACCGGCACCGACAGAAAGAAGCGACCUUCGCUGAGCAUCUAAGCAGCUGCGUGAAAUGCAUUGAAGCAACCGCCCCGCACCUUCAACGUCACUGCUUUGCAGUGGCCCCAGCCUGCAACUUUUUCGGCGCCCUUCCAGCUUCCUUGUAAAAAUAAACAAACAAACAACAAAACUGAGAUGGCUUUCAUCUCACUCGACAGUUGAGUUUUACAAGAAAGUUGACGAUACUGCGAGUAGUAGCGCCUGCCCUAUAACAUCAGCCUCGACACCACAGAAGUUAAUUUGCUUCUUCUAGUCCGUCGUUUUUGUGCUGCAUAUUUUAUAUGUUUAAUGUGACUGGCUGUUGUCAGGACAAUUUUUUUUUUACUCAGAUUUGGAAAUAAUAGGACCAAAGAUACGAGGACGUGAAGGAAUGUGUUAUUUUUUCAAGAGGGUGUAUCUUCAGUUCUGUGAUCAACUGACCGAACUGGUAAUCUCCAUUAUGUCUAAGCGAUUGUUAUCGUUCCCAUUCGUCUUUCUCCUGAAGAGAAGUACCUACGAUAAUUCUUCCCUUGCGUGCAGUGGUGUUUCCUCCCUGCUGGUUAGUUUUAUGUGCUUUAAAGGUGUUGGCAGCGGUUUCGCAGCAGUACUUCAUGAUGUGAACGACGCUCAGCUACGAAUUAGUUCUUCAGUUCCUAUUGUGUUCCGUACGCAUCCACCGUUGGAAGUACCCAAGCAAGAUGUAUUGGAGGUGACCCUUAAUUGUGAAAAGAGCUGUUGCCUCGCACACCCCCAUUCCUGUCUUGUUGUCAAGAUGUGUAAAUAUGACACAUUCCACGGACACAGAGAAAUAUUAUGUAAACUUUAUUUAUGAACACCAUGAUCCUCGACACCAAGCGUGAACAGGAACUAGAAACAAGUUCGAUAAUAGAAUUUGUCGAUAUAAUAAAAUGAUGACUUUAUAUAAUGCAGUGAUUAUGUUUCAAGAAUUCACAUGGCAUUCGUGAAAUAUUGUAUACUGCCGUAUGCAGAUCCUCGGGUUUACGAAAAAUAUACAUCACCCCCGUUAACAUACCCAAAUGCCGAAACGAAUACUUUUUCUUGUCUACCUACGAAGAAAAUGACAAGCAAAAAUAAAAAUGAAGCAUACCAAUUUCACUCCGAAAAAAUGCUUUCAAGGAUUCAAUAGUAUAGAUAACUGAUUAACGUAAAUUAGUGAAGAGAAAGCAACAUCUUCAUUCCUCAGUUAUUGGAUGAAGUUCAAUAACCUUCAUGCUUUCUUCUUUCACAUGCCAAAGGCAAUCCUCCUCUUCCGAGCCAGGAACAUCGUUGAAGCCAAGCCGGAAGUGAAGUAACCAGCCUUGCACUUUCACGGUCACGAGUUCCAGAGAUGCACCAGCUGACGCCUGAGCAUCGGUUUGUUGCGAAUGCCAAUGACAGGGUUAUAAAAGAAGAAAAUGUUAAGUUCUCAUCUACCAAAAUCACUUACUUAUUUUGAUUUAGAUUUACAGUAGUGUGCCACAAGAACAAAAAUCGCUUCCAAAAUAAUGGUUCCAUCAACACUUCGCUUUAGCAGUUCCGUUCGGAAACGGUAUUGGGCGCACUGUUCAUAUUAUUUCACUGGAGGCUAUCCGUACUUUUUUCAUAGUUAAUGAUGCCUAUUUCACAAUUGUUUGAUGUAAAUUGGGAACUUGCGAAAGUGAAAAAAGUGAAGACGACCUUCCUGUCGUGGAUGUAGAUUGAAUUCAUUGUAUAGCGAAUAAUUUUUGGUAUCCAAAGAUCUUACUAUUAUCAGAAAGAUAAGUGAUCCACAUUUCUAUUAUGCUGAUUCAGUAAAUUAAUUCAUGGAUGUUCAUGAAUCCAAAGUUCAAUAUCAAAAUAAACAAAAAGAUACUACCAAAAAUUAGAAUUAUUUUUGAGUUGUAAUCCUUUAUUGCAAUAAACUUGACUCAGAAUUAUAUAGUUUCCAUAAAAUUCAAAAUGGUAUUUGAGACUUAUGGAAUGUCAUUGAGUUGAACUAUCUCAAAGGAAUAAAUCAUAUUUUUUCAGGAAAGAUCAGGAGACCGGCCUAAAAGUAAAUGAAAGAUUUUGACCAAAAGAGAUUUUGCAUACAUAAAACAGAUUUUACCUUCUUUCUAAGAAAGAGGAUUUUUUGAAUCUUUCCUUCUAAUCAACUUUGUAAUCAGAUCUCAACGGUGUAUAAUCACCAGUUAAAUUAACAUUGUAUAUUUUAUUACAAACAUUUUGUACAGAACUUCUUAAAAUACAUUUUGUACAUAUAGUAAAAAAUUAUCACAUAGUGUAUAACUUGCUGUCAGUGUCUUAAAAAUGACAUAUUGUUAUGAACAAUAAUAAUAUAUUUUCUUUAUAAUAUAUUUCAGAAUUUUACUCCAUCACAAGCUCUUGUGACUUUGUGUCAUUCAAAGAAGCAAAUAAAGCAAAAGGUUUUGACACAACACCAGAACGCCUGAUUUUGUGACAUACACACCACUUGAAUUAUUCCUGUAAAAACUUGCUGUAAAUAUUUCAUUGUUUUGUAACCAAGAAAUUAUUUUAAGUGG